UGGAGGCCCUGUGACCGACCAUACUCUUCAGUCUUCACUCUUCAGCGUAAAAAACCCUAGAGCAAUGUCUGGUGUGAUGAGUAACAAUUCUACGAUGGAAGUUCAAGAUUUACCUUUGGAAACGACGAGCAGCAGCCUUCCUCCAAAUAUAAUACAAACAAUUCUUACUCUUAUGCCAAUGAGAGAUGCAUUCAGGACAAGUAUUCUAUCUCACAAUUGGCGGAAUCAGUGUUUAAACAUUCCCAAACUCACGUUCGAUGAUGCAGUGUUUCAGGGACCGAGUUGUAAAAACGGAUCAAUGAGAUGGAAACUCUUAUACAUUGUUUACCCGAUCUUGUUGCUACACCAAGGCCCGAUACUUGAAUUCUCUCUUUGUAUCUCUCAACUAAUUAGCUGUUGCGAGAUUGACCAGAUAAUACUUCACCUAUCAAGGAUUGCUACCUUGAAGAAACUUACUCUUUGCAUCGAGUCAGGUGAUGAUCAUAAGCUACUGCCGGCUUUCUUCAACUUGCAAAAAUUGACGGUUCUUAAACUCCAAAAAUGUGUGUUUCAACCUCCAGUAACCUUUAAAGGAUUUAGUAGGCUGGUUCGCUUAUCCUUUAACAAUGUUAGCAUAACCGCGGAAGUCUUUCUGCGGUUUAUCUCCAAUUGCCCGAAGCUUAAGGACUUCACUCUGAUUGGAGAUGAAAAACAUCUUAUGGGACGUUGGAAUUCCGACUUUGUUGAGUUAUUUGAGUGUUUACCUUUGGUUGAGCGUCUGUGUAUGAGUUGGUACCCCAUUAAGUGCUUUGCUACAGGAGUUAUGCCACACAAACUACCGACAUCGCUCGUCCACAUGAAAUAUCUUCAUUUAAAAGGACUGUUCUUUGCGAGAGCAAUCGACUUACGUUCCACUCUUCUUUUGGUUACAAGCUCUCCAAACAUAGACACAAUUAUAUUGAAGAUGCAAUAUAACCCAAAUGAAGCUGUGUCACAAACUGCGAUGAACCUUAUUGAUCAGCAAGGCUGCUUGAAUGUUAUCUUGGAUCAUCUGCGUGUACUAACGAUAUCAAACUUCGCCAGCAUGAAGACUGGAAUGGAUUUUGUGAAGCUUGUUUUGGCUAAGUCGCCGAUGCUCAAGAUAGUAGAUAUAGUGAUCGACAAACGGGUUGAUAUUAAUGGUGAGGUAAAAAUGCUAAAAGAAUUGGUACAAUAUCCACGGGCAUCGACUAAAGCAGAAAUUAGGUUCCAGCGCCCAUAACUUUCGGGUUUAUCAUGUUGAUUUCCUUGCCUUGACUUUGUUUCUUGAUGUCGUAGUAUACGGUUGCUUAUGAUUCUAGAGAUGAUCUUGUGAUGACUGGGUUUUGUAAAAUGUUUGAACAUCACAUUUUGGUUUAGUACCCUAAAUACAUGGUUUGUUUUUCAUCUUGCA